AUGACACAAAUCUACCAGCACGUCCUCGCCAUGAUAUUUGCGGUAAAGGAAAUCAAUGAUAAUCACGAGAUGUUACCCAACAUCACCUUGGGCUUCAACAUUUAUAAUAACUAUUUCAGUCCAAUACAGACCAUUCAUGCCUCAAUGGAACUUCUUUCCACACGGCACAGAUUCAUCCCUAACUAUAAAUGUGAAGUUCAGAGCAAUCCAUUGGCCGUUAUUGGAGGACCAAACUCAAAUAUUUAUCUCCAUAUGGCAACCAUACUGUGCCCUUACAAGAUUCCACAAAUCAUUUAUGGCUCUACUCCAGAAGAGAAUAACAAAACACAAGAUGUUUUCUUUCACUGGAUGUUCCCCAAUGGGGCUCAUCAGUACUAUGGCAUUCUCCAGUUAUUACUGCAUUUCAGGUGGAUGUGGGUUGGAGUGAUCUAUUUAGAUGUGGACAUUGAAAAGACAUUUCUACACAAUGUGCUUCCCAUGUUUUCCCGGAAUGGUAUCUGCUUUGACUUCAUACAAGUAUUAUCAGAAAUAACGUUUUCUAUUGAUGUUGCAAAAUACAUGGAAGAAGAAACCAAGCUAUGCCAGACUAUCAUGAGAAGCACUGUCACUGUUGUGGUUUUGCAUGGUGAAUUUCAGACCACAAUGAGGUUGAGAAGUUUGCUCCGCUAUGCAGAAUUUGAGGAAUUACCAAUAAAGACCAAAGGUAUAGUCUGGAUCAUGACUGCCCAGAUGGACUUCACAUCAGAUGCCUUCCAAAGACAUUGGGAUAUAGACUUCAUCCAGGGGGCUCUGUCCUUGGCAGUUCACUCAAAGGACAUGUUAGGAUUCCAGAAGUUUCUUCGUCUCAAACACCCUACCUCUGAAAACAAAGAUGGUUUUAUUAGGGACUUCUGGGAACGUGCAUUUAACUGUUUCUUUCCUGACACAAAGGCUAGGGAAAUCUGCACUGUGUUAGAAAGGAAUUUUGGGGAAAUGUGCACUGGAGAGGAGAAGCUGGAGACCCUUCCUGGCUCUGUCUUUGAGAUGCACAUGACUGCCCACAGCUACAGCAUCUACAAUGCAGUAUAUGCUGUGGCACAUGCUGUGCAUGCCAUGCAUUCAUCUAAAUCAAAGCACGUAUCUAUAAAUGAUGGAUGGGAAAGGACGCCUCUGAAUGGGCAGGUGUGGCAGGUGCAGCCCCUUUCUGAGUGUAAUGAGCGGUGCCAUUCUGGUUAUAGUAAAAGAAAGAAAGAGGGGAAGCCAUUCUGCUGCUAUGAUUGCUUUCCUUGUCCAGAAGGGAAGAUUUCAAAUGAAAAUGAUCUGGGUGACUGUUUUCAGUGUCCGGAAGAUCAUUACCCAAAUGACAAGCAGGACCUGUGUAUUCCAAAAGUUAUAACCUUUUUGUCUUAUGAAGAACCCUUGGGGACCAGUUUGGCCCUUAUUUCUUUUUCCUUUUCUGUCAUCACAGUUUUGGUGCUAGGGAUAUUCCUGAAAUACCACGACACACCCAUCAUCAAAGCCAAUAACCGGACUCUCUCUUAUACUCUUCUCAUCUCCCUUCUCUUCUGCUUCCUUUGUGCUCUACUGUUCAUUGGCCGACCUGAGAAAGUGACAUGUCUCCUGCGACAAAUCACCUUUGGCAUUGUCUUCUCAGUGGCUGUUUCUUGUAUGCUGGCCAAAACCCUCACUGUAGUUUUGGCAUUUGUGGCUACCAAGCCAGGAUCCAGCAUAAGGAAAUGGAUGGGGAAAAAACUGACCACCUCCAUGGUUCUUUUCUGCUCCCUUAUUCAGGCCACUCUUUGCGGCGGGUGGUUGGCCACAUUUCCCCCAUUCCCUGAUCUUGACAUGCAUUCAGUAAGGGGAGAAAUCCUAGUGCAAUGCAAUGAAGGGUCAGUCACCAUGUUUUAUUGUGUCCUGGGCUACAUGGGCUUGCUGGCCAUGGUCAGUUUUGUUGUGGCUUUCUUUGCCAGGAAGUUACCAGACACUUUCCAGGAAGCCAAGGCUAUUACCUUUAGCAUGUUGUUGUUUUGCACCGUUUGGUUGUCCUUUCUUCCCACCUACUUGAGCACAAAGGGGAAGUAUAUGGUUGUUGUGGAGAUCUUCUCCAUCUUGGCAUCUAGCACUGGAGUCCUGAGCUGGAUUUUUUCCCCCAAAUGCUACAUCACUCUGAUGAGACCAGAUCUGAACAAAAAGGAACAAAUGAUAAAGAGAUGGAAAUGA